UUAAUAGAAAGUGACAGUGUGGAAUGUGAUGUUUGCUUUGGGGUUUCCUUGUGAGCUUUAUCACGCAAACGUUAUUGCAGUUGAAAAAAAGAUCUCCCACACAUUUCUCUCUUACUCUGUAGCUGUCAUGUAGAAUGACAGCAUUACAAACUUAACGUGAAUUCCGCGCCACGCCCAAGUGGGCACACCUGGAAUGGAAGGAGUAGCAUCUUUCCGCCUACCUGUUGGACCGCUCCUACCUGAGGAGGCUUAUAAAGUUCAUCCUCCGCGCUGCCUCAGCACCGGUUCUUCCACACUGCCUGAAAGACGCUCUUCAGACCCGCAUAAACACCAGCAGCAGCAGCAGCAGUCAUGACCUCCAUGCGCUCAGGAUUAUCCUCCCAGUCAGUCUACUCCAUGUCCUCCUCCGCGAGAGCCUCACGCAGCACCAGCGUGUACGGCGGGGCCGGAGGAAGAAAUGUCCGCGUCUCGUACGCUUCCAACGGCCUGGGCUCCGGGUUUGACCUGACGCAAGCGCUCGCGGUCGGCGACAGCGGCUUCUCUAUCUCCAGCAACGAGAAGGCGACGAUGCAGAACCUCAACGACCGACUGGCCUCCUACCUGCAGAAGGUGCGCUCGCUGGAGUCCGCCAACAGUCAGCUGGAGCUUCAGAUCCGGGAAUGGUACGAGAAGCGGACCCCAUCGUCCAGGGACUACAGCGAGUACGACGCAAUCAUCGAGGACCUACGCGGAAAGAUAAAUGUUGCCACUCUGGACAAUUCCAGGCUGAUACUGCAGAUCGACAAUGCCAAGCUGGCAGCAGAGGACUUCAAAAUGAAGUAUGAGAACGAGAUGGCACUGCACAUGUCGGUGGAGUUAGACAUCGCUGGGCUGCGCAGGGUCCUGGACGACCUGACCAUGAGUCGGUCCGACCUGGAGAUGCAGGUGGAGGGUUUGAAGGAAGAGCUAGUCUUUAUGAAGAAGAACCACAAAGAGGAAAUGGUAGCCAUGCGCAGCAACAUGUCCACCAGCUCUGUGAACGUGGAGGUUGAUGCCAAGCCCCAGGAGGACCUGUCCAAGGUCAUGGAAGAAAUAAGAUCUCAGUAUGAAGGCAUUGUGGAGAAGAACCGCCGUCAGAUGGAAACCUGGUACAAGAUCAAGUUUGACGAGCUGCACAAGAACAUGGAAAGCAGCACAGGAACUCUCCAGACAUCCCGAAGUGAGAUUAACGAGCUGAAGAGGAGGCUUCAGGCUCUGCAGAUUGAGAUACAGUCUGAGCACAGCUUGAAAUCUAACCUGGAAAGCCAGCUGGCCGAAACUGAGUUACGCUACAGCCUGCAGCUGCGCCAACUUCAGGUAGUGGUGGACAACCUGGAGACCGAGCUCAGCCAGGUGAGGAUGGACAUCGAGCGGCAGGCCUCAGAAUACCAGAUCCUGCUGGACAUCAAAACCAGGCUGGAGCUAGAGAUUGCAGAGUACAGAAGACUGCUGGAUGGAGAGGAUGUGAAGCAAACUGUAGUUGUGGAGGUGAAGAAGGUUGAGGAGGUUAAAAUAGAAGAAGAACGGAAACCAGUCAUUACCAAGAGGACAAAGGUGGUCAUUGAGGAGCUUGUGGAUGGAAAAGUAGUUUCCCGUACAGAAGACGUGGACAGCGCGGUUGUCAGCCAUUAAACGGAGCCAAAAAACAAAGAAGAAACAGGGUCUUUUUGCACAUAAGUCUGCAAAACACACAGAAGCUAUGAAUAUUUAUCUUCCAGAUGUUUGUGUAGUUAAGAUGUUUGGAUUUUUAUUUUGAUUCACAGUCUGGACAAAAUAUGCAAAGCCAGUAAAAUGUGUUUAGAAAACCAGAUUACAAAAGCAGUAAAACUAUAAGCCACAGCAGAAAAAGAGGAACUAUUCCAAGUAUAGCACCUGCAGUAAUAAAGUAAACCUUACACUGUUAAAAAAGAACAAGUGCAAAAGUGAGAAUUAAUUUUCCGUUACAUGUGGAAACAAAUAUCAUAUCAACUUCUGUGUUGUUGCUGGUUUCUAUGGGGCUGUCAUUUUCUGUGACAAACAUCAUGGUAAAGUGGAUUUUUUAUAAAUGAUCUUUUUUCUAACAUUAAAAAUGUUUAAGGUGAUACAUGUAGCGUAUUGUAGACUCUCAAGUGACAUGUUGCCAAAGCGACCGGUAUCACUUUUUGAAAUGCAAUCACUGUCCUAAUUCCUGCUGGUGUUUCUGACCACUAACUCUCACCACCUCUGAAAGAGUUGUAUCUGUUGUUUUCUAAAGAGUUGUCUUCAUCUUGUUUACCUUCCAUUUUUAAAUAAGAAUAAUAAUAAAAACGGUUGGUAGAACACAA